AUGGUUAUGCUAACACACGUCUUGCGUUCUCUAUACGCUGGCGGUGGCGAUGGCUCCCUCGCCCGUCGCUGGGAGUUUCGCGAAACAGAACCGCUUGAAGGUAGCGACCGGUCGCUCUUUAUUGCAAUGGGCGUUAUUGCCCUUUUCUCAUUAGGUUCCACUCUGGGUCUCUUGUCAUUCCUUACCUAUCGCUUUAUUUACUGGCAACGAUACUACAAACAUCCACUCGCCCACAACCAAUACGUCGUCUUGAUUUAUAACCUCCUGCUGGUCGAUUUGCAACAGGCUAUUGCCUUCACAAUCUCUUUAUACUGGGCAUCCCGAGGAUCUGUCCACUUUGGCGAGGCAGCAUGCUAUUUACAAGGCUGGUGGAUUCAAACUGGAGAUCCAGGUAGUGGGUUGUUCGUCUUGGCGAUCGCCUUCCACACUGGCUUCGUUGUGAUACGUGGUCGGCAACUGUCCUUCCGUGCCUUUGUGUACUGCGUUAUUGGACUAUGGGUAUUUAUUCUUAUUCUGGGAUUCAUACCGGUUGGAUUAUAUGGGCACGAUGUGUUCGUCAUUUCCGAAGCCAAUUGGUGCUGGUUGAGUCCUAAAUAUGAAAACGAGCGCCUCUGGGGCCACUACAUCUGGAUUUUCCUCGCUGAGUUUGGCACACUCGUGCUGUACGCAAUCAUGUUCAUUUACCUUCGCCGUCGUAUGCAACAAGCAAAGAUGCUUCGCCGUGGCCAACAAGAGUCUCUACACCGAUUGAACCGUGUCGUCAUUUACAUGGUUAUCUACCCUCUCGUAUACCUCGUCAUGUCGCUCCCACUUGCAGCCGGCCGUAUGGCUAGUGAAAACGGCGACUCCCCCAGCAAAACAUACUUCGGUGUCGCUGGUUGCUUAAUGGCCCUUUCUGGUGUCGUCGAUGUGACUGUCUACACUUUGACCCGUCGUCAUCUCCUCAUCGAUACCGAGCACAGUACCACCGACCGGAACUACGACAACAAUACCGACUCUCAAUGGCAAACGAACAUCACCACUAAUGCUGGCACACGCUCACGGAAGGGUUUCAAGAUGGGCAUGGGAUCUAAAUUCCGUCGCAGCACUGGUGCGGACAAGGAUGCUCGCUCCAGUCCAUUUGACGGUUCCACCGAGGAUAUCGUGGGUAAGAACGAUAUGGAAAUGUCGAACUUUGGUGUGUACCAGGAGACCACCAUUGAAAUUUCGCACGAGCCUGUCUCUGUGAUUGAUUCGGAGGAGAGAAGCGCGCGACACAGCGGCUAA